UUUGGGUGGUUUUGUAGUUUCGAGUCAUUAAAUGGCCAUGAAACGGUCAUGCUUUGUGUGGAGAACGUGUGGUCCAUUCCGAAUGGGAACUCGACCUUGCAAUUAUAACGCGUGAAGGCGAGCCUGAACUAGGCGCGCAAGCACGUUCCUUAUCUGUAAGCGGUCAGUCAUCAGGUGAAAUCAGACCACUCUGUUCUGCAGACAUGCCACAUGUUCUCUGUCUCCUGCUCUUCGUGCUGUCUUGCACCAAUUCUGUGACCUGCUCGCUGAUAUUCGCCACAACGGGCAAGGACGUCACACUCCGCUGCCAGUGUUCCAAGAACCGGAACUGUCACGAGGAGGUUAUCCGCUGGGUUCGAAUGGACUCGAAUGAAUCACUGCAAAUGAUCGAUAAUAAAUGUGAGCAAUCGCACUGCCGAUUCGCCAGCAAAACAUUAAAUGGCACUCACGUUGUACUCCUGACGAUUGCUCAGGUUGAACCAGGGGAUUCUGGUCGAUAUUACUGCGUAGAGCACUACAAACGCGACAUCCAAUUUAACGACAACGGAACCCUUUUAAUGGUCGGAGAUGUCUGGACAAACAGCAGUGAAUUGCAUUUGCUGAAUGAAUGGACGGGUGAGGGUGGAAGCCCAGAGCUGGAUUGGAGUGAAGCUCAAACACCAAACAGUAGUCAAGAGUUUAUAUCUAAAUGGAGGUAUGAGACUAAAAAGAGUGCCCUUCUGGAUGUACGGCACACUGAGUUGCGCUGUGUAGUGACCAGACUCAGUGCCCCCUGGGUAAAUAUGUACUGGCAGUCGACCCGCGAAUCAUGGGAAAAAACUGGCCAGACCUGGUCUUUGACAGACACCGAGAGAGGGUACAGGGUAGAGAGCCAGUUGCGAAUUGGACUAAAAGUGAAGUCUGACUGGGAGGAUGAGGAUGAGGAUGAGUAUGAGUACGAGCACGAGUACGGGUACCCAGAUUAUAUACUUAAGGAGAUGGAUUUUGAUAAGAUGGUGGAAAUGGAUGAAGAAUUGUGGUGUGAGGUCCAGGUUGGGGUGAAUGUCUCUGUUCAGAGCCCAAAGUUUUCAUUCCGUCAGCAAGGCCAUACUGACUCUGAAUGGUGCAAUGGACUCCUAUAUGGUGAAAUAGCCUUUUGUGUGCUCUGUGUGUGCCUUCUCACCCUGCUCAUCUGUCAUUGUCUCCGCCACCAGCACAAAGGUUCAGAACCAUCAGCGACAGAAGUGUCACCAACACUGAACUCUUGCAGAGAUGUGUCCUCGGACACCACCUAUGCUCUGGUUAUCAAGAAACAACCCAAGACAGAGAUGACAAAGACAGAGGAGCAGACAGAAGAACAGUCAGGAAGACAGACUGGUGUACAGCGAAGUGAGAUACAAAUGUGAAGAAAGAGUACUGCAUGGGUGAAAGACAGAGAUUUGGAUACCUACAGAAAGACCCGCUGAUACUGCAAGACCUGCUUGUGGGGAGAAGGAAAGAGAGGCAAACAAAGACAGGCAGUCAAUUAGGUUUCUGAAAAUUCUGUGUUUCUGUCUCUCAUUGUAAACUUGCAGCGUUUGUCAUUUCUACCCAACCUUCAAAUUUUGGGGAAACAUUAACAGAAAUAUUUGCCUCCGUAAGAACAGUGCUUCCUAAAUGUUUAUUGCAUCACAUUUCAUUUGAAGAUCUUCUGCAGCAAGACAAAAUAACACAAUUAAUGUGCUACUUGUCACAAUGUUUCAUAAUUUUCCUGUUGAUUGAUGAGAAAUGUGCAGAGUGUGCUGAAUUUAUCUUAAGUGAACAGUUUGGGCAAUUACUUUGUUGCCUUAGCUCAUGUUUUAUAUGAUGAAUUAUUCAGUCAUUAAUUAUUAAAAAUGUUCCAUUUUUUCUCAUCUCAAAAUAAAUUCCUGUGAUGCUAACUGUGCAUCUUGUUUCUGCUAUCUGGAGUGUAAAAGAUGCUGAUAUUAUAUCUGUGUUACCAGCAGAUAUAAAAGGUUUAUGUUCACACUGUAAGUACAAAAGAUUUGCUUCAGCUAUUGUAAAGAGGAGAUCGCUUGUUCAUACUGAAUCUCCAGUAUUGUCUUGUCCUGUUCAAAAGUUCAUUUCAUCACCAAACUCAUUCUUCAAGUUAAUCCUUUUUUUUGAAGUAACCCAGCUGUUGCUAACCACAGCAUGGAGGCACAUUGGUUAGCACUGCUGCCUCACAGGAAGGGGGUUCAGCCCAGAUCCCCUAUGCAUGGAGUUGGCCUGUUCUCCCUGUGCUCCUGUGGGUUUCCUCUGGGUACACAGGUUUCCUCCCACAGUCCAAAGGCAUAUAGCCCUUGGCCAACACAUGAAAAUUUAGCCUCCCUGGCUAACUCACAUUUGCAGAAAUGUUAUUAAUAGGCAUUGACCUUGUCAAAUAAACAAAUAAAUUAG